AAGCUUUGUGCUGCAAUUAUAGUUCGACUACAUUGCUUUCAACUGGCAAGUACAAUGGUCCAUGAGUCAAGAACAGGUGUGUUCUCCUCGAUAGUGACGAGUUGUAUUUCUAUUCUCUUUCUCUUCUUUCUCUUCGUUCCCCUUUCUUCCUUCCCUUUCUUCUUCUCUUUCUUCCACUUUUCUGCAUUCUUUUCAUCAUCCCUAGCAUUAUCUCCUAGUGUUUACAGAGAUCUACCCUUUCUUUAUCUUCGCUUGUAUGUCCAUGCUUUGUUUUCUUUGGGCCUAUAAUGUCGCUUUAACACACGAACGGCUUAGAAUAAUCUGGUGAGCUACUUGUCUUGGGAGAGUUGGAUCUCCGCGAGCGAUUAAUCAUUCUAACGUUACAUGUAUUUUGAAAUAAAGCCGCCGGU